AACGGGCUCGGUGCUGAAAGACAGGCUGGGAUUAACGCACACAGCGCGCCAUGGAGUGCAGUGUUUGGUGUAGGCUGAUGGUAGUGUGUCGGCUGCGGGUCUGUCCUCAGUCUCCACGCGCACACACACACACACACACACACACACACACACAGACAUGAGCAGUGUGUGAAGCCCAGCUCUCAGUACAGCGCACAAGCAGAGCCCUCUAAUGCGCUUAACACUGCGGGAAGCACCUUCAUACAGGCCUGUGGUGUGGAAUCGGUGGACAUUUGGUCGAUGGGAAUGUGUCGAGGUGUGAUCAGGAGCACACUUGUGUAUGUGUGUGUGUGUGUGUGUGUGUGUGUGUGUGUGGGGUUGAGCGCAGUUUAUGGCGGGCCGAUUGAACCCAGGCCAGAAAGAUGUGCUGUGAGAGGAUUGUCUCUCCUGACAAGGUCAGCGUGAUGGUUUGGGAGAUUAUUUACGCGCCCGCUUGGUGUUUUCGCACUAACCGUGUUGUCAGUGUGCACCAUGUCCGAUAAAACGGUAUUAUUGCGGACACUUUGGCUGCCUUUCCGAGUGUGUCGCCGAACAGCCCUUUUAAUCCGGGCUACCCAUAAUGCACCGCGCGUCGCGUCUUCCCUCUGUUGUAUUUCCUGUAUGGCACUGCAAUGCUUUGUUUGCUUCUUUGCCUUCGCUAACGCGGGCUUCUGACAUGUCGCUGUAUAAUCGGAGCUGCGGGAUGAUGGCGAUGAUGAAGCACGUCGCGUGCGUGUGUGUGUGCGCGUGCUGAGCGCUGUGGACGCGGCAGGAAGGAUAGACGGAGGCGCCGAGGCCCCGCGCAAUGAGGAAAUAACCUCUCGCUUUCUUCCAGAGGCAGUCGCUUUCGCUUUACACUCGACUUCAGCGUGACUUGUGGAGCCCGUGCUCGGCUUUAACGUUGUCUUUAAACCUUAGAUUUAAUCUUUAAAGCUUGAUUAAACCCUAAGCGUUACAGUGAACUGCGUAACCCUAGUCACAGUGACCUUCCUCAACUCGUCCAAGGAAUGACUGAGGUGUGAAUUGAGGCUGUGAUAUCGAGAGAACUGCAUUGCUUAACUCAAGAUUUCGACAAGACUGGACCAUUAAAGGACAGGCCUGAUGGAGGAUACAGGAACUGAGUUAAUUUCAUCUGAACCAGACGCUCUUGGUGCGGACUUUAUCACAGUAGAACUCGAUACCCAGCCCAUUGAGUAUGUGGUCAAGUGGGCUGAGGUUGGCUCUAAAUUUACUCUAUCCUGCGUGAAAAGGGAAUCGGACGAGAGCUUCCCGUCUGACCAGCUGGUUAAAACGGAGUCCGAUGAGCGGUUCUUUGUCCCAUAUGAGGCUGUGUAUGCGGAGUGCGAGGACACAGAAACUGGCCUGAUCGCCUCACAGGAGGAGGAGGUAAGGAGUGUGUCAGAUGUGGACGAGCACACAGUGCUUGUGAGCACCCAGCUUGGGGAGGAGGAGGAGGAAGAGGACGACGAUGGCUCAGACAGUGAUUGGGAUAAAGGGGGCUCCCAUUCGAGAAACAGGCCGUACAACUGCCACAUCUGUGGCAAGAGCUACAGCCACUCGUCCAGUCUGGCUCGCCACCUGCACCUACACUCUACAGGUGACCAUUUGGCCAAUUCCACCUCACCUCUCUCUAAAGUGAGCGGCAAAUCAGAGGACGGCAAAAAGCUCCUGCAGUGCAACUUAUGUGGCGUGCGAUGCAACGGCAAGCGGCUCCUGGCAAUCCAUAAGAAGUGCCACAAAAUCAAGAGACUGCACACGUGCAAUGCGUGCGGCAAGUCGUUCAACCACAGCUCGAGCCUUUCGCGCCACAGGCUGAUCCAUAAAAAAGGCCUGGACAAAAAGCUGAAGCCACUAUACACGACACCCACAUCGGUGCCCAUCGUAACCCAUCAGAACCGCCCGUCUGGCCGUGGAUCAAAGAAGAAGAAGUCACAGCAAACAGAAAGCAAAUUUGCUGUGGGAGAGAAGCAGUAUCAGUGCACACAAUGCGACAUGGUGUUCAGCACAUCCACCAAUCUGUCCAAGCACCAAGUGUCUCAUGUGCGGCAGCUGCUCAACUCCUACGCGCAGGGCAGAGACACACUGGACAAGUCCUCAGACCUGAAGAUCCGCCUAAAGCUCUGCUCGCGUGACAAACCCAAUUACUACACGCUGUGUAAGAAGAACAAGCGCCGCAAAGGAGGCAAGAAAAGGCUGCCAAUGGCCGAUGAUGACCAGCCGUAUUCGGGCUGUGGCGUCGCCCUCGCCAAGUUCGAGCAACCGCACGCUGGUGACAGGUGCUACACCUGCAAUGUUUGCAAGAAGACCUUUGUGCGCUUGUCCAACCUGAAGCAGCACCAGCAGACGCAUGCCUCUGGCAAGCUCUAUGAGUGCCAGCACUGUGGGAAGACCUUCGUUCACUCAUCUAGCUUCUCGCGCCACAAGAAGGUCCACUCUGGGUUAAAGCAGGCGCCUAAACAAUGUAAACGUGAGAUGAUCGACGAGAGUGCACCUCUGGAGUCUGAGUCUGAGUGAGAGACCCUCACCUUCCAGGACUGUCCAAGCACAGCUUAUGGAAAAGUCCUUACUUUUGUGUCCCACCCCCACUUUCCUUUAUUUUUCCCCAACCUUUUCUUAUUUUGUUAAAGGACAGAUAAUUUGGCAUUGCUCUCAUUGUGAAGUGGGUGUGAUGUCGCUGGCUGUGUGUUGUCAGCAAUAGGCGUCAAUAUAAUAAUAAUAAUAAUUUUUUUUUUUUUUUUUUUUUUUUUUUUUUCCAUUUGAUUCAUUUUUUUGGUGGGGUGAUGUUAGAGGAUGUUCAGGCCAUCUUUGGCAAUGUAAAGUAUAAAAGAUUUGUACAUUUUUGUUGACAUUCCCUUUUUGGUCAUGGUUAGGGACAGUUAAUUUAAUGGCAGGGUAAUAGUUUUGCCAGUUCUGUAGUGUUAUUUAUGUCUACCUUUUUAUUUGUAGUCAUUCAUAACAAAAAAAAUUGACAUUAGCAUUGCAGGUGUUACAUAUUUUGGAUGCUUGCACUAAACACACCUGAAAACAAAAUGAAGUACUUAAUAGAAAAGACUGUAGGAUUAAAAAUAGUAAAGAAUAAUUGGAACCCAGCGUUGCUGUUAGUGGGCCUAUUGUAAUUGGUGUGGCUAGCAGCUCCCCAAAAAACACUGAGAAAGUUGUUAAAGGAUGGGUUUGAGGUUUGAUGUCUAGACAAAAUUCAACAAUUUGACCUUUUUUUUGACCAGAGAUCCUGUCACCUCUCCUCCCUUUACCUUAGACCAACAGAUAUAAUCAUCUAAUCUCCUCGUAUUUCAGCUUUUCUUUUGGCAACUGGUUUUAUUAAAAGAUCCAUACACUCAGUGACUUGUAUUCGUUGGUUCAAAUUUAAAUGUUGACUUAAUAUUUGGAGAAUUGGUUGUGUGUUCUGACCUGCCAAGUAGACAAGCCUUCUUGAAAGAAUUUUUUUUCUUUUUUUCUCCAUGUUUGACAAAUCAAAUUUGGAGACAGAUUUUGCUCUGCACAGUGCUCGGUUCUCUAGUACUGUUCUUCCUUCGUCUGAUUGAUUAAAGCGCGAAAGUUCUGAAAGGUUACUUGUCCAUUUGUCAAAACUAUGAAAUCCGUAUGGGUUAUGCAGAACUGCAAAUUGUGGUGCAGCCAUCAACAGGAAUGCGUUCAAAAAUGGUGACUUCAUAUAAAUUAGCGUGCGUGUGUGUGCAUGUUGAAUAUAUUGAGAGAAUAUACUCACCAAAAUAUAUAUACAUUUUAAAUAUGUUUCAUAUAAAUAUGUAAAAAUGAAAAAUGCCAUGAAGAAAAAGUUAUAAUGUGUGAAUGAUUUGUGAAUAAUAACUUUGAAUAAUUUAUGAAAUAACCAGGGGAUUUCAUAUUUCACCAGGCAUUGCACUAUUGAUUGAACAAAAACAAAAAAAACAAACCAAGCACUACAUACCUACAAAUUUGGAAUUAAAUGUUACAGAGAGCAAAAACUGGGCCAUGCUAGAUUGAAAGUUUAGAAUACUAAUGCUUUUUUUUUAUUUUUUUUUUUUUUUUAUUUUUUUUUUUUAUUAAAAACCCACCCAGUAAUCUUCACACCUGUUUCAAAUAUUUGAUUUAUAAGAGAAGUAUAGUUAGCAUUCAUUUCACAAAGUUAUAUUCACUCUAUGAUGCUGUCAGUGACUGAGCACCACCAAAGCUUUUAGGAAGCAACUGUACACACGCACUGUACACACUGAUUGGUUCUCUCUCGGCCAUGCACCUCAACAGCGUUUUCUCUGUACUCUUCAAUGUUCACAUCAACUUGACCUGCUUAACCAUUUAUUGUUCAAACUGAGGUUAAAUAGCAAUGACUAACCUGUUUUUAAGCUGUUUUAAAGCCAUUGCUUGUUUGAACUAUGAAUCUUUCGGAGGUGUUGAGUUGCACAAAUCAAGCACAGCUCUGAUCUUGGACUCGGAUUGGUGUUUGCUAUGGGGGGAAAAAACAAAGGAAAAAUAUAAAUAUGCUUGGUACUCCGAUUUUUCUUCGUUUGUUUGUUUUGAAAUAGUUCCUCUGUUCACCUUGAAGCUGAGGGUCAAAUUCCCUUAGUAAAAACAUUCAUUUAAUCUUAUUAGUCUCUUCUUGCCUCCAACUUUCUUCUGCAGUAAACAGGUUUCUCCUUGUUUUCUGCACUUUUCUCCCCAUUAUGGGUCAUGUCCAUAUCAUUACCUUCUGUUUUUAACCGCUGUCGUUGUCUCAUUUUUUUGAUGCAGCGGACCUACAUCUAAUAUAAGAGGUGUACGUUUUUGUGUUGUGUUUGCCAUUAGAAGACAAUUUAUGAAUUUUCUGUCUUGCAAUUUUGUAAUAAACCAUUGGUUCAAGCA